AUGGGUUAUUCUUCUUCUCCUGGCAAACCCACCACCUCAACUUCUUCCGUCACAUCCUCCUCCUCCAACGUCUCCCCCUUCUCCUCUACCAAGAUUACCGCCGCCACCCUCUCAAUCGUCGCCCUGACCGAGACCAUCUCUUCCGCCUCGGCCUCCCUCCAUUCUGCCUCCUCGCGGGCGAUGACCUCUUCGAACCAUACCAAUGCCUCCAAUCCCGCCAUCUCCACGGCCCCUUCGUCGUCUCGCCCUUUCUACAACCGCGCCGGCCGCACCUACCUCAACGACCGCACCGUCCCUUAUCCCCUCCCCGUCGACCUCACCGAACUCCACCGCCAGAGUCUCCGCACCCUCCUCCUCAUCCAGAUCUUCGGUGCUCCCGUAUGCUCCCCCGUCUUCGCCCAAAGGCCGCCCACCCGCGUCCUCGAGGUCGCCUGCGGCACGGGCUUCUGGAGCCUAAUGUGCCAUCGCUAUUUCGCCAGCCGCGGCCAUCCCAAUGUAUCAUUUACCGGAAUUGAUAUCGCACCUCUCGCGCCCAACUGUUCCAGUUCCAAGCCGGGCCGGGAAAUGAAAUGGCGCUUGGUCCAACAUGACAUGCGCUAUAUGCCCUGGCCCUUACCGGACGAAGGCUUCGACCUCAUCAUGGUCAAGGACGUGUCCCUGGCCCUUCCCGCAUCCCUGCAGCAGUCAGCCAUGGACGAGUACAUUCGUCUCUUGCGGCCCGGCGGCGUCCUCGAGAUAUGGGAUUCCGAUCACCAAAUCCGCAUGCUGCGCCCGCAUGCCCCAGCCGCCGGAGGAGGCCCCAGUCGCAUCAACGACCCCGACGACUCGUCCUCGGAGGAUGAAGCCGACGCCGCCUCCAGCUUGGGGACCUACGUCAUGACGGCCAACACGCCGCUCUCCGCCCCGUUGAACGGCUUCCUUGUCGAGUACAACGGCUGGCUGCACCGCGCCCUCAACGCGCGCGACCUCAACCCUGUCCCCUGCACCGUCGUCGGACCCAUGCUCCUGCAAGAGUCGGAGGAGCUAUGCGACGUCCGAAGUCGCCGCCUCGCCGUGCCGUUGGCCGAGGUUCGCUGGGAGCGCGAGGGCGUGGGCGGCGUCGUCACCAAGGACGGGAAGAGCUACGUCGAGACGGGGCGGCGGAAAGACGUGGUCGGCAGCGGCGCUGUGGGGCUGAGCAAGACCCUCACGGCCAGCCAGGCGGCGGUCCGGCGGACGGCCAUGCUGACGGCCGUGCAGCUCAUUCAGAGUCUCGAGCCCCUUCUGCGAGAGACGAGCGGCAAAAGCCAGGACGAGUGGGACACGUGGAUGGGGAAGAUGAUGAACGACCUGAUGCGGGAUAACGGUGCCUCGUGCGGCGAGUGCCUCGAAGUGGGUGCCUGGUGGGCACGGAAGAAAGGCGGUGCUACGCGAUCAUGA